AUGUGGAUUUGGCACCGAAUAAGAUACUAAAAUGCUUAAUGAAAGAAGUUCCUGUCUGCCAAUAUUUAAUUAUAUUUUAAAAUCAUCGUUUUAUGGUUAAUGUUUGGUAAAAAAUCAAAGCAACAUGAAAUUGCAUGUGGAUCAAAGUGAAGUCAGCUCUUAAUUAUGAAGUGUAUUAAAAUCUGACUGAAAGUUAAGAAUCCUUACUGUAUGUAUGUACGUGCACAAAAAGUAAACAAAUUGUGACUUUUUCAAUAAAAAGGAGGCAUAAAGGAUAUCAAAACGAAAUGAGAGCACCUGAAAUAAUAUUUUAGUGGUGUCACUGUUAAUUUCUUGUGUGGAGAAUCCCUUCUUAACCAAACAUAGCAGGCAAUCCAGCAAAAGAAAAAUGGAAUUGCUGUGUAAUCCACUUUGGCUAUCAAUAAACCGCUUAAAAUGGAUAGUUUUGCACAUUAUAGUGCUACUACUGUUACAGCCUAUUCGUGAUGUUGUUGGUGGAGAAAAAUUAGCUCUCUUAUCUGCAACCCUCCGGACAUAUCAAAAAGCUGCGUGCGAUAGCGAUCAGGUCAUCAUAGCUUGUCCUCGUGGCACUAGCAUCUCAAUCGAGUUUGCACAGUACAACAAUUUCGAAAAUAAAGAUGGAUUCAGCAUCGAUGACUUAUGUCCACUUGACACUUCUGCAAAAAAGGUGCAAUCGAAGGCCAAACACCUUCUGCGCGGUUCCACGUUCGGAACACCGGGAUCGAAAAUUCCAACCAUACAAAACCUUUAUGGCCAGUCUACGGAAAUUCCGAGCACAAGCCUGCCCCCAGAUACAGUCAUAACAGAAGAAACAGCAGAUGCCAGUGCUCGCACGGAAAACGCUUCGAGUGUUAAUAUAAAAGACGUUGAUUCCAGCGAAAAUUGCAUGUGGCCAAAUGCACUGCAGUAUUCGCUGCUGCAGACAGUCGUUGAGGCAUGCCAAAAAAAGAAGCAUUGCAAAUUUAACGGUGCCCCACAUUAUUAUAGACUAAGCACAGGCGGCGAUGCAAAUAAUUAUAAUAACACGAUUAGUACCGUAAAUGUGGAUCCAUGUCAUAAACGGCGCAAAAUUGUUGAGGUUGCUUAUAAAUGUCGUCCAUAUGAAUUUCGCAGUAAAGUGGCCUGUCACAAUGAUGUGGCUCAAUUGGAAUGCAAUCCUUAUUCACGCAUCGCGGUCUACAGUGCGAGCUUCGGACGCACCGAGUACGAGAGCAUUCAGUGUCCACAACCGCAAGGAGUGCGUGAAGAAACUUGUCAAGCAUCAUAUGCCACCGAAACAGUUAUGCAGAUAUGUCAUGGGCGCCGCCGUUGCAAUUUAGCUGCAGAUGCGAACACAUUCGGGUCACCGUGCCAACCGAAUUCAAGAAUGUAUUUGAAAGUUGUUUAUACUUGUGUGCCAAAGCAAGUCUUAAAGGACCGAUAUGAAUCGGAAGUUGAAGGAGAUGAGACUGAAGAAUUCGAUGGAGAUAACGAAGUAUACGAUGAUGAGUUGAGUUAUAAAGAAUCGGAAGCAAUUCCGAAGGUGUAUAGCAAUAGCACUGUAACUGCUGCCAGGUCAAAUACUACAAAUGUUUCAACACCUGCGGUCUCUUCGAACCCUAAUAGUGCCAAUACAUCAUUUCAUCUUGAAACUCCAGACAGCGCCAAUAUCAAUCCAGUCAUGACACACAGUGCCGAUUUAAGUUUGGAAGAUAAUCAAGAGCGAUUAUAUUUAUACCUUCUAAUCGCCGGUUUAAUCGGUGUCAUUGUGUGCAUAAUUAUUGUCUCUGUUCAUGUUUGGAUGCAAAAACAUCAAGCUCUCAGUUCGGAAACUCAGAUGACAUCCGUAGACGGUUCAGGUAACCCAUGUGCAGAUACUACCAUACCCAAUGGCUUCAAUGACACUAUAUCAGAGAUUGACGCCGAGAUCGAUAUGCCAACGACAAUUUCUGUACCGAGCGUGUCGAAAAAUGAGAAUUAUAUUUCCUAUGGACCAAAUAGUGGCUUAUACAAUGGCCUUGGCUCAUCCAACAGAUCGCAGAAUUCAUCGACGCUUGUAUUGCAGGGGGGCGCAAACAUGCUUCCUACCGGCGUCGUCGGUACACCUGCUGCCUCCACAAUAAUAACGAAUUCUAACCUAUGUGGAGCAAGACAAUCUCCCGAUAUCAUCGGCAUUUCUUCAAAGGUCCACUUACCGGUGGCAACAAGCAAUGCCAUUGGUUAUCAAACAGGUGUUGGGGGCAUAUUGGCACCAACAAUUGUCAUUGGUAGCAAUGGAAGUAGUAGCAGUAAUUCACUUAGUUGUGGUCCCAUGGCUCCAAUUGGACAGUAUACAAAUGCACCAACGAUACGUGCGAGUUACAUCAUAAACGCUGAGGGAAUGUUGAAACGACCUCCGAAUCUCCAAACUCCGCCAAUGUCAAAUUCCACAGCCAAUAGCCAGUAUUCGGCAACGUCCACACUACGUCGAAUGAAGAGCACCACUGUUCCUUCCACAUUGCAACAACAGCUGUCCUACGAUGGCACAGCACCACGUACAUUGUCUACUGGGGUUCCAGUAAACUCUCAAUUUUAUUAUGGAUGACAAA